CAUUGGCUGGCUCGUUGCCGAGUAAGGCGUGUUUCCAUCAAUCUUUUACGCAGGAAACGUCCGGUAAUUGGUUCCAAGGUUCAAGGGUGACGCCGCCUAGAAGCACAGUGGCGAGGCCACAAGUGACGGGAACUGGUGACACUCAAGUGUCAAGGUGAAAUCCAACGGCCGUAUUGAAAGACAAGUCAAACAAUGGCGGAUCACACAAGUCCUAAAGGCGGCACUGGAGACUUUACCAAAAAAGUCCAAAGACAGUUGAGCAGAAGCAAAGAAAAGGUGCUGCAGAAGCUUGGGAAGUCAGAAGUGACCAGAGAUGAUCAAUUUGAACACUAUGUCCAACUUUUCUGUGACCAACAGAUUGAUGGCAACAGAAUAUACAAAGACCUGAGGAAUUACAUUGAAGUAAUCAGAGACAUGCGAGAAGCCUCAAGACGUCUUUCGCAGUCUUUGUUCGAUGUUUACGAAAGCGACUGGGUGGGACAAGAAGACAUUGGAGCUGUGGUGGAGGGGGAGGACCUCCUCUGGAAUGACCACGAGGUGAAGCUGUUGGACCAAGCCAUCCGGACCAUGGAGUCUUAUGUGGGUCAGUUCCCAGAUGUCAAGGAGAAAGUGUCCAAGAGGGGGAGGAAACUGGUGGACUACGACUCAGCCCGUCACCACCUGGAGGCCCUGAAAAUGGCCAAGAAGCGAGAUGACAUCAAGAUCAGCAAGGCGGAAGAAGUGAUGAAUGGUGCUAAAUUUGUCUAUGAAGGAAUCAAUAAUGAGCUGAAAUCGGAGCUACCUGUGCUGCACGAAAGCCGCAUCGGAUGCUACGUGGCCGUCUUCUCUGCGAUAUCAAGUUUACGAGACAUCUUCUACAAGGAAAUGAGAACGCUCAACAUGGAUCUGCACCAUGUGGUGAAGGAACUGCAGGCCCAACAUCCAGACAAAGUGUUUGCCAUCCAGGGAAUGCAAAAGUAUGGUUCCUUGAGGAGGCGAACCCUGAUGUCCCCUAGAGCUUGGAAGUCCAGUUUCUCUGAGUUCCACAGGAACUACAGUCCAAAAAGUGGCCAGAGAUUUAGUUUCAGGUCCCCAGAAAAACCUCGCCAUAGUAGUCUGUCCAGAGAGAACAGCGCUGUCGGAGCCUCAUCGCUGUCGCCUCCACCGAAGAGCACCACUGAGUCAAAGGGGUCAAGCCACAUUGAAAUCCAUGAUCUUUGCAUCCAAGAGGAUCCUGUGGAUGCUGCGGACAAGCCUGAGUCAGAAAAAGAAAACACCAAUCUGGAAGAGGAGGAAGAGGAGAAGGAGAAGAGUUUGCAGGUAGAAGAAUCUGAAGCAAAGAGUCCCGCACAAACAGAAGAGAAGCAAGAAGAUGCUCCACUGAGCGAAAGCAGCAGUGAGCAGAGCAACUCGUGCGACUCUGAGAGUUUAGAGCUCCAGCUGACCGCAGGAGACUGCGAUUCGCUGCAUAUCAACAACUCAGGCGACGGCCACAAUACUCCGAAGUCCAACGGACUGGAGAACGGAGAAGUUCCAGGAUUGAACACUGAGGAGCUGGACAAGGUGGCUUCUGCAGGCUCCAAGAAUACAGAUGUCUAACAAGUCCAUGCCUCAAGCUGAGGGUGAUACGAUGGAAGCCAACAGCUGCAGAGGAAGGAGCAACAAGACUACAUCUGUUGUCAAACACCCUCCCGCAUUCUCAGCAUCUUUUUAUAGUUUUGUCUGGUUUUUAUAGACACAUGGCACGGACACAAUCAUAAGAAUGUAAUAUUUUAGUGCUUGUUUUUCUCAGUUUUUAAGGUUGAUGUUAAUUCACAAUUCCAAGCAAGUAUUAAACGAAGGCUAUAAGUAGUUUGCUAAUUUGUUAAAUCUUGUGAAAUGCACAUCUGCCAAUCUUCAUAUAUGGAUGGACAUAAUAAUCGUGUAAAAUUAAAAUGAAGCAAGAACUGAGUCGAAAUGGACUGUGCUAGGGCAACAUGGUAUCAGUGAGUGCUUAGCAUAUCUGCCUCACAGUUGAGAGGUCAUGAGUUCAAAUUUCUUCACCGCCCAUCCUGUGUGAGUUUGCAAAUUCUCUUUGUGCUUGUGUGGACUUUUUCCAGUUACUCCAGCUUCCUCCCAUAUCCCCAAAACAUGCAUUGAAGACUCGAAAUCGCGAAUAGUUGUUUUUCUGCCGGCCUGCGUUUAGCUGGCGACCAGACAAGGUUGUACCCCUCUUGUUGCAGAGUCAUCUCCAGGUCACCCCUGGUCCUCAUGACGACAAGCACUAUAUAUCCCACAAUUUUUUUUUUUUUAAUGGAUUGUGUGCAAUCGUGCACUACUUGGCUAAAUUCAAAGAAGUAUUCGUGGCUAAAAAUCAACCCACUUGUCAAAAUAAAGUUUAUUAGCGUUAGCUCCGUGCUUUCGUUUGAUGAGUCUUUCUGCCUCAAGUAAAAGAUUAAAAGAGUAUCCUCCUGUAA